AGUGUCAAUCGAGGCAAGAAAAAUGAAACGAGUUUUAUUACUAAUCGCCAAGAUGGCUGACGCGUCGUCGUUGCGCGCAAAGAAAAUACCCGAUAAUUUGUACGACCAGUGUCUGACAAAUUUAGUGAUUUAUUUGCAUAAAAAUAAGUGUGACAAAAAUGACCUCCACACGUUGCCGGACACCGUUGUUAUGGAUGUUUACUUUAAGAUGUUCCAGGAGAAGAAGCUGUGCAUCCUCGCUGGGGAGCUGUCACACCUGGACGUGUUCGAUCGACUGCUGCGCUUCGGCGGUUCACAGCUGCCGCUGCUACAGUGUUUCCAGGCGGUGACAGAGCACUGCGCUAAGCUUUCUACAGAGCUGUCGUCAGCGUAUCUGUUGAGAUGUGACGCAGCUUCAGAGCCUGUGGACAAACUCAUACACCUAGGAUUAAGGCUUGGUGGUUUCCUCAACGAGGCCGGUUGGUACGCGGACGCCCAGAAAGUGCUGCUCCGCGUGAGAGACCUAUGCCAGGCUCGCCCUCAGACCACCUACUACAAACGACUGACACUAGAAUGCUGCCACAGGUUAUUAAAUACACAAUCGGCGUACUGCUGCUUCCCAGCUGCCACAGAAACAUACUCGUUAGCUGUAAAACUUCUCGGUGUACCCGAAGAUGUGACCACAAAACUGCCGCCCGGGCCCUACGCUGUCGCGGAGUCGUGCGACAAAGGCACUCAAACAGACUUCGAUAGCGAGUCAGACCACUCAGAAGUUCCUUGCUCAUCAACCGGCGGCGUGGGUCGCACCAGUAUCUGGGGAAGCACGGCGUUGGUGGCGAGACUAUGCAAAGAGUUCAGUUCCUUAUUCUUCGUGAGGUGUGACUACAACGCCGCGCACGCGUGGAGCAUGUGCGCUUUGAGACUGUUAGACAAGCAUACGCCUGCAAAGAUAACGAUCGAAGUGCUGCGCGCGUGCGGGAAAGCGUGCGUGGUGAAGCGGCGCUUCCCCGCGGCCGGGCUGGUGGUGCGGCAGGCGGCGGCGCGCGCGCGGCGGGCGGGCGCCCAGCACCCGCGGCACGCCGCCGCGCUGCUGGACUACGGCUUCUACCUGCUCAACAUCGACUCCAUCGCGCACAGCGUGGCCGUGUACGAGCAGGCGCUGGCCAGCCUGCGCCGCGUGUUCGGCCGCGGCAGCCUGCACGUGGCCACGGCGCAGGAGGACCUGGCCUACGCGCUCUACGUGCUGGAGUACUCCUCGGGGCUGUUCUACAAGGCGCGGGAGCACGCCGAGCGGGCCAUCCGCAUCAUCGAGAAUCUGGUCCCCCCGGACCAUUUGCUCCUCGCGUCCGCAAAGCGGGUGAAGGCUCUCAUACUGGAGGAGAUCGCUCUAGACACACCCGCCGGCCAGGAGAUGAAACCAUCGCUCCUGGAAGAGUCAGAGUCUUUGCACAAAGCGGCAUUGGCGUUGUCCAUGAUGGCUUUUGGAGAGAAAAACGUACAGACAGCCAAACACUACGGCAACCUUGGCAGACUCUACCAGAGCAUGCAGAAGUUCCAGGACGCGGAAACCAUGCACCUGAAGGCCAUAGCCAUCAAGGAGGAGCUGCUGGGCCCCGACGACUACGAGGUGGGGCUGAGCGUCGGCCACCUCGCCUCGCUCUACAACUACCACAUGAACAUGCACUGCGCCGCCGAGAAACUGUACCUCCGGUCUAUAUCUAUCAGCCUGAAGCUGUUCGGCGAGCGCUACAGCGGGCUGGAGUACGACUACCGCGGGCUGGUGCACGUGUUCACGCAGCUCAAGCGGCACUCGCGCGCCGCGCACUACAACCGGCUGCUGCAGCACUGGCACGCCCUAAGAGAGGAAUCGAAGUCGGAACAACAGCCAGCGUUCGGGGACGAACAAGUGAUGCCGAUUGAGGAACUCCAGGCCAAAUUCUUCACGCCCAACGACUGAAACACGAUCCGUUUGUCUGUACAUAGCUCCGAAACUAUCUCGGCAGAUCUCUCAACACAACCUCAGAUAGGUAUUUAAUGAAAUAUAUAAGACUAGCUGCUAGGUUAACAGCUGAACGUGGUCAGUCUUUUAAGAUCGCUAGCUCUGUCUACCCCGCAAAGGUUAUAGACGUGAUUAUAUGUAUGAAUGAAUGUGUAACAGACUAGCGCCUCGCAACUGCUUCGCCCGUUGUACUAGCCUAUAUAGCACACGUAUAAAAUAUAAUUUGUUUUUUAAAGUGAAAGAAUUUACAUGAUAGGUUGAGUGAUUCCGAAAAUUUUAUUACAAACAAAUACUCAGACUUAUAAACUUUACCUAGUAUAAAUAUGGACUUCGAAAAGAACAGUAUAUAUUCUACAUUUAACAGGAUGGUUAUUAAAGAGACGUAGGUUUCUUUUGAUAACUAAAUCUGAACAAACUCAAUCCAAAGCCUUGAGUUUAUAUAGAUGUCAUUUAAAUAAUUGGAUUUGAAUUGUGACAGAAAAUUUAAAAAAAAAAUAUUAUAUGUAAUUAAUAUCUAUCUGAGGAUUGAAAGAUCUGCUCCAUAAUUUAGCCCAUAAAAUGGCGCUGAAAAAUUAAUAAAUAUAUAACUUUAGUUACACAAUCCGGUGCGCAGGAUCACCCUUACCUGCAUUGUUCUUGACCACUUUCUCUAACGCACAAUAUGCGCACAUUUGAAGUCGCAGUUUUUCGUGUUUGUGAGUCAAUUUAGACUAUGUAUUUGAACGAUAUUUACGAUGAAAUGCUAUUAAAUUUUUGUAUGAAUACUCGUUGAAAUAAGCAAAAUUAACGCUAUACAUAAAACUAAUUUGUUUUAUGCAGUGAAAUAAUGAAAUGUAUGCGAGAAGUCACUAAAAUAGAUGGAUAACUUUUUUUUUAUUUAGUCUCAAUUAAUCUAAUUGAAAAUUAUGAGUCACCGUUAACAGAAAUUGGCACAUUUAAACAGAAGGUUUUUAAGUUUUAAUGCGAAAUAAUUCAUAUGUAAAUUAUGUUUUUCUGGUCCAGUAAUAGCAUCUAUAAGGAAAUCUGUAUUAGGCGUUGAAAUUACAAAUAUCAUUGUUAAUUAUAAUAUACGGUUUAAUUAUCUAAGAAACUUUGAACCUUGGACGAUGCUUUUAUGAAGCCUACUGAAGUGUAUUAUAGCACGCAAUUAUUAAUAGUACUACAUAAUAAUACUAAGUCGAUGUAAACAUGUAGCCGAACACACUGCCACGCGGUUCUCCGCGUAAUUCUGCAAUGCACAAAAUAUAUAUAGAUCAAUGUGACGUGACCUGUCAAAUGUAUGUAUGUUACAGUGCGAC